AUGGCCUCGGCCCUGCACGACGCAGUCCUGUGCCUCCAGCUCCCCGACCGUGCCUCCCGUGGGGGCCUCCCCCAGCCCGCUGCACCGGGCACCCGCGCAGCCGCGCAGCCCGCAGUCCGCCUGCCCCCUCGCCCGCCCGCCCGGCAUCUCCCAGACUCCAGGGAGCCACAGCGGAUGACCGUCUUCCUUCCCGGCAGCACUGGCCCCGGGCCUGCCCCCACCCCAGGCACCAGCGCGGGCGGCCGAUGCCCCCUCCUCUUCCUGGCCCCAGGGGAGCGGGAGAGGUCCCUGCCAAGAGCUGAGCACCCUGCCGGGAAGACCCUUCCACAGCGGAACCACGACCCAAGCCCCCCCAGAGGAGGAGGGGAGGGAGGGAGGAGGGGAGCAGGCCCUCCGAAUGACCCCGCCUACGCCCCCGCCUGGGUCCCCAACUUCACCAGCCACAGCCCUGCCUGGCACCCACAGCACCGGCUGUCCCAGCUCUGCGUCUCCCCGUCCACCGUGGGGCUGCUGCUGGCCACUGCCCUUGGCCCCGUGCCACGCGGGGGUACCCGGCCCCACACGGCAUCCCCCCUCUCCAGCGUUGUUGUGACCCUUCCCAAGGUGCCCAGAUCCUGGCCCCCCGCUGCCAGCUCCUUGCAGGCUUCACUGGGGAAACUGAGGCAAGGAGGCAUCAUCGCCCACACCUUCCCACCCCCCUGGGGCCCAACGGCCCCACCUUGGGGACGCCUCUACCCCUUCCGAACCACAGGGCCCUGCGUGGCAAGGGGCUGCCGGGACCACCCCCAGCACCUGCAGUUGGGCAAAUGA